UUGUACACAGUCAUAAGGCCCCCACAGUUUAACGAUUUCGAACGACGAUUUUGUUUAGAGAAGUGUACUAGGCAAGGGUACUCUCGGUAGUUUGCUAUUAUAUUGCCUGCCGAGAGGAGCUACGAGCAUUCGAAUCCAGGAUGUUCUCUGAUAUCGCAAUCUCGUGCGCUGCCUGCUACGCCACGCUCGUACUCGAAAUUAUUUUAUUACAAGCGGAGAAUAUUCGACAAAUGGGAAAUUAUGAUCACAUAGUAUUGCCAUUUCGAAUGUAUACAAAAUCCUGCCUGAUAAAAAAUCUGCUUAAAACGGAUAAAACGCUAACGUCUAAAAGAAAGUUGACCACGCAGCCGCCCAAUUUAAAAAUGAAAAAACUUCAACUAUCUCCGAUAUCACAAGAGAAGCUGAUUGGAACAAGAAUAAGAAAUGAAAACGUUGCCGAUAACUUUUUGCAUCCAAAAAUGCAUUACAAUUAUCCAUCUUAUUUACAUGUAAUACAGAAAACAGGAAAUCUAAAAGUGGGAAAUUGUGAAACUGAAUGAUUGCGCUCUACAAAAAUAAAGAUCUCAUACAAAGCAGCCCCCGAGAGAAAUGGAUUCGUACAAAUCUUUUCUGAUAGAUUUUAUAGCAGGCGGUUUGUCCGCAGCGAUUGCAAAAACAGCGGUUGCUCCUCUAGAAAGAGUGAAGUUGUUGCUGCAAGUGCAGCAUACCUCGAAGCAGAUUAGACCUGACCAACGAUACAAAGGUAUGAUAGACGCAUUUGUACGUAUACCUCAAGAAACAGGAUUCCUUAGUUUCUACAGAGGCAAUCUUGCUAACAUUGUACGAUAUUUUCCGACUCAAGCGCUUAAUUUUGCAUUUAAAGAUAAAUUUAAGGCAUUCUUUCUGGGAGGCGUACCGCCAGAUGCUUUCUGGCGACAGUUCGUUGGAAAUCUAGCUGCUGGCGGUGCUGCUGGUGCGACGUCGCUUUUAUUUGUGUAUCCGCUUGACCUUGCCCGCACCAGAUUAGCUGCCGAUAUCGGGAAAGAUGAGAAACGAGAAUUUAAAGGUAUAAACGACUGUAUAAUGAAGAUUUUUAAAUCGGACGGAUUUUUCGGACUUUAUCGCGGCUUCAAUGUCAGCGUGCAAGGAAUCAUUAUAUAUCGCGCAACGUACUUCGGAUUUUAUGAUACUAUGAGGGGUAUGCUAUCCGAUCCGAAGAGCACACCGUUGUAUAUGAAUUUUAUAAUCGCCGAGAUAGUAACAACGUUGGCGGGUAUCGUGUCCUAUCCUUUCGAUACAGUUAGAAGACGAAUGAUGAUGCAAUCAGGGCGAAGUAAGGCUGACAUAAUGUAUAAAAAUACACUCGAUUGUUGGAUAAAAAUAACAAAAAACGAAGGUCCCGGAGCUUUCUUCAAAGGUGCAUUCUCCAACGUUCUUCGUGGCACCGGUGGUGCUCUCGUCUUAACGUUAUACGAUACAAUCAAAGAUUCGCUUGAGAAAGCAAUCUCGAAAGAUUGAAAACCUUAGGAAUUUAUCGCAUCGCGAGCAAAAUACUUCCUC